AGUAAAUGCGAGAACAGGUGAAUUGUGGUCUCUCCGAGUCUACAAUCGUAUAUCGUUUUUAUAUUGGAAAGCCUAUCUUCCACCAAAACCCUAACCACCUAGAUUUGGGAUUUCGCCAUCUUUCAUCUUCGAUCUGCUGCUGUCUGCUAGGGUGGUGCAAGGACAACAUGUCAGGCAUGGAGAAUGUCAAACAGCAUGAGCAGGUGGAUGGAAAUGGCCCUGACAAUGCUGAAAAAUCAAUGCCUUCCUCCCAAGAGGAGGAGGCAGCUGUUAAGAAGAGGUAUGGAGGAAUUAUGCCCAAGAAACCACCACUUAUUUCCAAGGACCAUGAACGUGCUUACUUUGAUUCUGCUGAUUGGGCACUGGGAAAGCAAGGUGUAGAGAAGCCCAAAGGACCACUUGAGGCCCUUCGACCUAAACUGCAGCCCACACAACAGCAAACAAGAUACCGGAAAUCUCCUUAUGCUCCAUCAGAUGGUGAAGAUGGAGGAAGCUCUCCCACAGAGGACAUGGCUACCAAUGAAUGAGAGCUGUUGUGAGGGCCUCAGAAUUGGUGAUUGUUGAUUGUUGAUUGUUAUCAUAAUAUCUACAUAACUAAUUUUAGUAAUUUUCUGUUGUUUCCAAUAAUAAAAUUGAUGAGGAUGUUUACUGUACCAACAUUUUUGCAGUUGAAAAGACGAAUUUCUAGUUUUGUAAGGUUUUCCUGAA